UUCGACGGUUCAUCGAAGAAGUCGUUCUCGGUAGUCGAUGUCGUCUUGCUCGACUGAUUGCGAGCUCGCAUGUACAAAAACAUUUUGAUUUUUGUGUGGUAAAUCGCGGAAGUCUAAGCGCGAAAUUUGAAUAGUUGAAUCUCGCUACCGCGCUUCAUUGCUGUCGCACAGCGGACCAUUUCUUGUGAUUACCUGUUUGAUUUUUGCGCCGACAAAAUUUCGCGUACAAUGGAACGCUACCACAUUUUAAAAUUGGGUCUAGCCAUAACAUUCUACGCAGCUUACUGUAUCCGACCAAUGCUGGUCUACAGUCUAGAAGCCGAUAAUGAAUUAGACAAUAACGCAAAAAUUCCCGAUCUUGAAUAUUAUCAAUACUUUCAAGGAGUAGAUGGAAGACCAGGUAUAGAUUUUCCUGUAUACUCUUAUAUUCCCCGAACAGGAUUUAGUUGCAAAGGAAUAGAGUCUGGAUAUUACGCAGACUUAGAAACGAAUUGCCAAGUUUUCCAUAUUUGUGAAGACGGUCGAAAAGUGUCGUUCCUGUGUCCAAAUGGAACCAUUUUCCAACAAUCAGAGUUGAUAUGUGAAUGGUGGAAUAAAGUAAAUUGCACAAACGCACCCAGCUUGUAUGAAGAAAGUGCCGAAAGGUUUCAGAAUGACAUUGUUAGAAGGAAAGCAAACAGAAGAGUUGGAUCACAACGUGGUGGUGACUCAAAUCAUGGUGCCAUCAUGCGUACAGAGCAACGUUCUUCAAUUCGUGCAAGCAAAAAUGGAAAAGACUAUGCUGUCCGUCAACAACAAAACAACUCAAACCGUAGAAUUCCUGAUAACAACGACAUCGAACAACAAAUAGAUCAAGCUGAAUCCAACAACAGAUAUCUGGCAAAUGCUCAAAACACCAUACAAUCAUCCCAGAAAGAUUCCCGAACUGUUACGCGACAGGAAGUUUAUCCUAAUCAUAAGUAUAAUACUGAUCAAGAAUCCCCGAAUAAAAAUCAGCCAAGUAGGACGAAGCAAACUAAAAAAGAUAUUGACAAAGACACUGGCAAUUACUUGAAUAACAAUUAUGACCAACGUGCGAGGAACUCAAAGAGGAUUGAGCAAGGCCAGAAGAAUCGAUUCGACAGCGGCAGCAAGAGAAAUCAGCAAAAAAUGACUACUUUCAAAGAAUACCACACCCAAUUUGAAUCAACUCCUUCAAUGGCCCAAGAAAACAAAUUCAAUGAUUAUACAAAAAGCCCUUCGACUUUUCCGGCGUCUACCGAACCUACAACAGGAAUAACUUCGUAUGAUAACACAAAUCCGUCCAACAGAAUCAGUUCAACGGCAGCACCUGUAGAACAAACUACAUCUAAAAAGUUUGCAUACGGCACCACAGUGAAAGAGAGAUUCAGCAGCUAUGCUGCUAGAACGUUCCAAACCACCAAUGUUCAAAAUAACUUCCGUGGGAGUGUAAAGUUUAACGCAAACCCACUUGACUCAGGUGCAUUUUCAACUCCGAUUACCACUUAUUCGCCUGUCAUUAAGUACUCCACCUCUCGAGGCUCUACUAAAACUAUCAAUGACGAAGACCGUUUCCCAGAGUUGCCAUUCCCGAAGCACAAGUCCGAGCAGGUUCAAAGUUACAGCACUGUAAAUCCUCCAACCUCUCGAAAAGUGGCUUCAGCAACUUUCCCAGGUCAAAUUAGGGUAAAUGUUGAACAACCAAAAGCUGAGUCUGAAGAGUCGCAAAUACCACAAGAAUCGUCUUCAUUUGUAAAGAGUGGGCUGAACAAUAUUUCGGAUGAUUCCUUUAAAACUUCUCCGAAUCCCUAUCCUAACCACAGAACGACCUACUCCGACUUAAAGGAGCACAGUUACCUAGAAGCGCCUAAAAUUUCUGCCAUAUCUUCAAUAACUCCUCAUUUGGUGACCACUCAACCAAUCAACAAUGGGAAGCCUUUCGUGGGGAGCAGAGUCGGCAGCACUGUGCUACCGAAUCAAUCAACCACUCAAUCCAAAUACACCUAUUUGCCCACUAGUACCGCUAGCUCUAGGCCAAGCAUUAUACUAGGAGUGAUUCGACAUAGUUCCACCACAGAACUCUCUCCUUUUGGGCCUCCGGAAAUUCCCAAAGUUGAUAGUUCUUACAGAAUCGAUCUGUUUAAUACCGGGGAGACUGACAAAACACUUCCACCUGUAGAAACCACUACAUCAGUCACAAACUCACUGCCAACAGAAAUAUUCAACGUGGGUAAAACCGACACAACAAUUCAAGCAAAUGUUUUGCCAAACAUUGAUACCACAGCCAUCCCACCUUUGGAGAUUUAUGUCCCAGAUCAUGGUUCCUUAAACGUUGGUCAAUCGGAAAACAAUCAAGAACCAGUUAAUGAACCUCCCUUUAUCAAGAAAAAUGUCCCCUUAUUAUACUCAGGCCGUGACAGUACUGAAAGAACACUCAAUCAAGCUACCAUAUAUGGGACGUAUCCUGCAAGCACCCAGAGAUCAGCCGCUUUUUCCAAAAAUACACCAUACAGCCCAACCGUUCCUACUGUGACUCAGCGCUCAUCAACCACUCAAUUCACUUCAAGCAGUACUCCUAGAACAUCCAACAUCGGAGUACCAAUAAGAUUCAAUAAAGACCAGGAGAAAAUAUCGAUUCAUCUCUCAAAAAGCGUCGGAAGUCAGCAGCGGGGCAACGAUUUGCCAAGAUCUUCUAAUGGUAUCCAAACUUCACCUCUGCGAGUUGGGGCUGUUGUUCAUGUAGCUGACGAACAAUCAUUCCCAAGCCGACCUACUCCAAGUCCCCAAGCUCAAACAACUGGAUUCUUUAUCACCAGAGGAUCGAGUAACGGGUUUUCAACUAAUCCUCCAAAAUCGAAAACAGAAAAACCCAGACCUUUCGCUAAGAGUUUAGAAUUCGGGGAGAAAUUGAAUCAAGCAACAUCAGCUGUUCAAACUGAUGGAAGUACAGCAUUUCCCACAUACCAUAUUUCGAGUGCGAGGCCUUUUGGAGUAAGUGAAACAACUUCGCCAACUCCUUUGCUUACGACCCCAACUAUACCCAGCUUCAGCGUGUAUGACAACGUAGAUAAUAUGAUUGGGGUUCUUCAAGAAAUAGCAAAUUUCAAUUCGCAAAAAGAUUCGUCCGACACUCCUCGCCGAGAUCUGAUCAUUCCUCCAUCGGUGGGCCCCCAAACCCUCCAUUCGUUGGCCCAAUAUUUUGCCAAUGAAUUGGAAAGCAACGAAACUAGCAACGGAAUUUUACAACCCGAAACCAAGGAAAAGCUCACAACCCUGUUAACUGCCAUGACGGUGCACGGGUAUAAUCACCUAUUCACAUUGGGGUCCCUAGCAAACAAAGAAACCAGUACAAAUUCCAUUUCUUCACUAGAAACUACUACUGUUUUAACACCAUCUAGAUUGGGAAAUGAGGAAAAUAAGGUGGAGCAAAAUGAAGAUCGCCCUGAACCUGAGGGAACCGUAACUGAUGACGAACUUCUUUCUACAACAUCAAUUCCUGAGCUGAGACAACUAGCAAGAAAUUUCUCGCUAGCGUUGUCUAGCUAUUUGAACGAUCCCGAUAAUUUCAAGAAACGUUUGGAAGAACUGAGACCGACGGAACCACCGGCUGUAGAUGGAAGUGAUAAUGUGGAAUCAAGUACAACCGAAGACGAACUUCUCAACUUUUCCGACGCCGAUGUAAAACCCAGCACGUCAGCAGCACCAUCAGCAACUUGGGGUUAUAUUAUAGCAGCAGAAGCCAAUAAAGAGCCUUUCGAAGAUGUGAAAAACUCACUGAAUCCCGACCUAAAUACUGCAGAUUCUCAGUCAUUUGUACCGCGGUUUAACAAUGUGCAGGUUGACGAAAAACAAGGAAAAGGAUCAACUGACUUGCCUCCAAAUCACUGGACCUCAAGUCCUAGAGCUACCCAAUUAUGGCAAAAAGCAUUAUCGAUCAACCCUGCGGUAGUCAAUGAUCAUUUUGAAUCCACAACUUUAAGUAUUGACUUUACUAACCAGGAAACAACAACGCCUGAAUUGUUUAACGCGGAUGUCCUUCCAGAAAUUCAACAACCCCAUUCGGCAAUUAGCUACGAUUUGCGAGAAUUACCUCCUUUAUCUUUAAACUCCACUCAGAUUCAUGGAAUUUUGAUUGAUUUCAUGAACCACACAAAAUGGGACGAGCACAAUCGGCUCAAUCGCAUUUUGAAGAAACUGAAUACAUCCGAAGAAGAAUUCCUCGACCGCAUGAAGGAGAUUGAGUCUAAUCCACUUACCAAACGCCUCAUAUUGCUCCUCAUUAGUGAAUGUGGUUCAAAUAUCACUCAAGAACUCGGAAUUUCCGCUACAAAACCGCAACCAACUGAUGGUACGGCCGAAUUAGGACCGACCAGCGCUUCCAGCAUAGUCGAAGUGAGAAAAUUGGAAAAUCAUGAUUUAGGGGGGCUCGUCCACUCCCAUUUAAGCGACGAAGACCAGGAUUCUAGAGCACUCCAGCUCUUAAAUAGUCUUUAUACUAUAGCCUCAAAAUUCGGAAAAAGACGAUAACUUAAGUCUGAAUGCUAGAUUAAUUGAAUAUUAAAUAUUUUUGCUACCGUAAGCUCAACGUUUAAUUAACAGCAAUAAAGGCAUGUUCUAAUGUAUAAAUCUCAGAUUCCUAUAAAUUAAAAAUGUAUCGUAAAUAUUGAUAAUCCUGAAACAUUGACGGAAACCUAAGGCAUGUUAUACUUGAUCAGAGAAACAAUUUUGAGAAGUGUGGAAUAUUUGGCGUACUUUAAAGGGUAGAAAAUAUAAUUUGAUAAAAUUUAUAGUUAAUUUUAAAUAUGUACGGACUCACUUGAAAGUUGUUUACUGCAUUCAAUAUAUCUGAAAGUCACAGAUACUAAUACUAAACAAAAUGUUUAGUAUCCUGGAAAUUACUAUUUAGUCAUUGAAAAAUUCAAUUUUAUAAUACAAUUAUCAAUUGCUCAAUACAAUUUAAUGGAAAUCCAUUACACUAUAAUCAAUAUGAAUGCAAAUUUACUCAACGUUGAAUUAAAUCUAGCUGAUAGUAUAAUUCUAAAUACAGAUACAAGGCCCUCAUUUCGAAACAUAUGCUUACCUUCAAUGCUUUGCGUACUUAGCAAAAAAUACUUCGGGAGUAAAAAGUUGAUAAAUGUACUCGUAAAAAGUGUGAAUGAGAAUGUCAGAGCGGGUGAUUAAUAUGUUUUGCAAAACUCUAUACCUACUUUUAUUUAUGCAUACAUGUAUUUAAUGGUAUAACAUGGUUUUACUAUGAUUAUUCAGUCGCUGUAGUAUAAGUGAUUUCUUUUGUAAGGCUUUUACAAUAAAAAAAUAUUUUAAGUGAAAUAUGCGAAAACGUGCAAUUUAAAGUCCUAAAAUGUACAGCCAACACGGACAUGGCCAUUUCAGGAUCAUUUCCUGGCUUUCCAAUUUAAGAAAAUUAAUUCAAAAUUGGCAAAUAGUGUCGCAGAUAGAUGUGAUGUACGACGAAUAUCAAUAAGUGUCUAGGAUUAAUAUUUUGCUUAACUUUCCUGUAAAUAUCACUCAAUUCAAAUGUAAAUAUAUUAUUUUAAAAA